AUGGCCGCGGUGAUCAGCGACUUUGGCAGCGACUUUGGCUCCGAUUCUUCGCGCUCACACUAUCAUCGCAGUGUGAAUAUGAGGGCCGGGUCGGGCCAGCAGCGCUCAGCAGCUGAAUCCCCGUACCGGCAAACCACACGCGCGGGGACUACCAGCCCUCACUCGCAACCUCAACCCCAAGCGUCUGCGAGAAUUGCGGGUACACCUCCUCCGAGUACGCCUUCGCGGGCAAUACAGCAUGAAUCGGGUGCAGAGAUUGUAGAGGGACAAUCCGAGGCCGCGACAGAGCCACCGCCCUCGCCUCCACUAAGUUCGAGUUCGAACCCCGGCUCAUACACGAGGCACAGAUUUACGACCCAGGAGAACUUCCAACACCCGUCUACCACAUCUGGGCAAUCGCCGUCUUCAAAUCCGGCUUCGCGACAGGAGAGUGGCUCCUCCCAGUCUCCAUCCACACAACCUCUGCCAAGAGCGGCCGGGUCCUUCGACGACGUGAGGGGAUAUAGUGGAAGUACAAUCAAAGUCCGGGAUCUUGCACAUAUCCAGAGUUUCGCGCUCGAGCAAUUCUCGUCAAGGGGGGAAGGGGGAAUACGGCGAGCUACCGACGACCCGAAUUUGAAAUAUGAGAUAAGCGGGAUGCCGAUCACAGACAUCAUUGAGAUGGUGGCAGGUCUUCUAACGAAGAUUACCAAGACGAAUGAUCUGCAGCAUGAUAGUCUGCAUCGGCCUCUGCCCUCGGGGGAUGCUGCCGUCAAUAUCAGCGGGCAAUCAUCCAGCGUUUUGGCGUUCCAUGGGAAAAAUGUGCCCCAAAUCUCAAUUCUGGCUUACUUGGGCCGUAUCCACAAAUAUUGUCCGACAACAUAUGAGGUCUUCCUAAGUUUGCUGGUAUAUUUUGACCGCAUGACGGAGAGGGUCAAUGCCCCCUCGCAGCAAGCUGCACAGGAAUCCGCAGAGCAGGAUAAUUCGCGGCCUUCGACUAGUUAUUCAGCAGAAGGUUCGGAUUUAGCAGACAGUCCUGCUCCAUCUAGAAGCGGCUCAGAAACAGAGGGCGAUCAACAGAAAGCGCAAUACACGCACGCGAGUCAUCCCGAACCAACCUCGCCCACAUACCCUCUCGCUCAUUACUUUGUGGUGGACAGUUUCAACAUCCACCGGCUAGUAAUUUCCGGAGUCACCUGUGCCAGCAAAUUCUUUUCAGAUGUUUUCUACACAAAUUCUAGAUACGCAAAGGUUGGCGGUCUUCCCCUCGCAGAAUUGAACCAUCUUGAGCUCCAGUUCCUCCUCCUGAACGAUUUCAGACUAUCUGUCCCAGUUGAAGAGCUAGAAGCCUACGGUACCAUGCUAGUAGAAUUUUAUGCCCGCGAGGUUAUAGCUCAACAUAAAGUAGCAGUUUCACCAACUGCCGCUGCGACCGAAACUCCAUAUUCCGAGGAUACGGUCAUGCAUGGCCCAUCUUCUCCUUGA